GGGGCAGGAAGCUGGAAGGCCGCCUCUGCCGGCGCUCGCUGCCUCCCUGCGAGUCCUCCGCGAUGCCGGCGGCCGCCUGGACACUGCUGGCCCUGCCUCUGCUGCUGCUGGUGGCCGCGCACGCCCCUGCUCCGGUGGACGCCGCCGUCGGAGUCUGCUUGAAGCCCGUCACGUACACCGAGACGCAGUUGGUCACCUUCAAGCGAUCUGUACGGCUCGGCAAUCAUGUUAAAUGGAUCACGGGGAAACGUCCGCAGAAAUUUACCAAGAAGCGCAAUGUCUUUGGCUGCUGCACUGGCUACAUGAAGAAGGGGAGCGUUAACAUCUGUGAGCCUGUGUGCAGCGGCGGCUGUGCAAAUGGCAAAUGCACUGCUCCAGGAGUCUGCACUUGCAACAAGGGUUACCAACGGGAUUCCAAGAACAAGGCUCUCUGCAGACCUGUGUGUGCCGGAAAUUGUCGGAAUGGCAAGUGCGUGGGACCCAAUGUGUGCAACUGCAACAAAGGUUAUGCACAAGACGCUAAGAACAAAGCAGUCUGUAAUCCUGUAUGCACAGGUAACUGCCCCAAUGGAAAAUGUACUGCCCCAAAUGUGUGCAGUUGCAACUCCGGAUAUCGGCAAGACCCAAAGACCAAGACAAGCUGUUUGCCAGUGUGCACGGGAAACUGCCAGAAUGGCAGAUGUGUGGCACCAAACGUUUGUAGCUGCAACAGUGGGUAUGUGCAAGACCCUAAGAACAAGGCUCUUUGCAACCCUGUGUGCAAAGGUAAUUGCCCCAAUGGAAAGUGUACUGCCCCAAACGUGUGCACUUGCAACUCUGGAUAUCGGCAAGACCCAAAUACCAAGACAAGCUGUUUGCCAGUGUGCACAGGAAACUGCCAGAAUGGCAAAUGUGUCACACCCAACGUUUGUAGCUGCAACAGUGGCUAUGUACAAGAUCCUAAGAACAAGGCUCUUUGCAACCCUGUGUGCAAAGGAAACUGUCCCAACGGAAAGUGUAUUGCACCAAAUGUGUGCUCAUGCAAUACUGGUUAUCGACAGGAUCCAAAGAACAAAACUGUCUGCAUGCCUGUAUGUGCAGGUGACUGCCGCAAUGGAAAAUGUGUAUCUCCAAAUGUUUGCAGCUGCAAUACUGGAUACGCUCAAGAGAGUAAUAACAAGCAUUUGUGCACCCCUGUGUGCAAAGGAAAUUGUUCAAAUGGAAAAUGUACUGCUCCAGGCGUAUGUACUUGCAAUUCUGGAUACAGGCAAGAUCCGAAAAACAAGACAGUUUGUACACCACAGUGUGAUGGAAAUUGUAAGAAUGGGAAAUGUGUAGCACCCAAUGUAUGUAGUUGCAAUGCUGGAUACACAAUAGACCUCAAAAAUAAGACACAGUGCAAUCCUGUCUGCAAAGGGAACUGCCCAAAUGGAAAAUGUUUUGCUCCAAACGUAUGUUCCUGUAACUCUGGUUAUCAUCUCGACCCAAACAACAAGACAAUCUGUAGGCCAGUUUGUAUAGGUAAUUGCCAAAAUGGUAGAUGUGUAGCUCCUAACACAUGCAGUUGUAACAGUGGUUUUGUGCAGGAUCUAAAGAACAAGACAUUAUGCAACCGUGCAUGUAAUGGAAACUGCCCAAAUGGAAAAUGUAUAGCCCCAAAUGUUUGCUCCUGCAACUCUGGCUAUCAGCUAGACCCAAACAACAAGACAAUAUGUAGGCCAGUCUGUGUAGGUAAUUGUCAAAAUGGAAAAUGUGUAACUCCCAACGUAUGUAGUUGUAACAGUGGUUUCAUGCAGGAUACAAAGAACAAGACACUGUGCAACCCUGUGUGUAAAGGAAACUGCCCAAAUGGAAAAUGUAUAGCUCCAGAUGUAUGUGCCUGCAACUCUGGUUAUCUACUAGAUCCUAACAACAAGACAAUCUGUUGGCCAGUCUGUGUCGGUAACUGUCAAAAUGGAAAAUGUGUAGCUCCCAAUGUAUGUAGUUGUAACAUUGGUUAUGUACAAGAUAAGAACAAGACAUUAUGUAAACCUGUGUGCAAUGGGAACUGCCCCAAUGGUAAAUGUAUAGCCCCCAAUAUCUGUACGUGCAAUUCUGGAUAUAAGCAAGAUCCAAAUAACAAAAUUGUCUGUGCACCAGUAUGUGCAGGAAAUUGUCGAUAUGGGAAGUGUGUGGCACCAAAUGUAUGUGCUUGUAACAAUGGAUAUGCUCAAGAUGCAAAGAAUAAGACAUUGUGUAAUCCUGUGUGCAGUGGAGAUUGCCCCAAUGGGAAAUGCAUAGCCCCAAAUGUUUGCAACUGCAGUAUCGGAUAUCAGCAAGAUCCAAACAACAAAACACUUUGUAAGCCAAUCUGUGUGGGUAAUUGUUCAAAUGGCGAAUGUGUUUCACCGAAUGUCUGUCGCUGUAACAGUGGAUAUGCUCAAGAUGCAAGGAACAGAUCACAGUGUAACCCAGUAUGCAAAGGAAACUGUCCCAAUGGCAUAUGCACAGCACCGAACGCCUGCACUUGCAAUUCAGGCUUUCAGCAAGACAUGGUGGACAAGAAUGUUUGUAACCCUAUUUGCUCAGGCAACUGCCCAAAUGGAAUCUGUGUUGCCCCAGAUGUAUGCAGGUGUAGCAAUGGAUAUUCCCAAGAUCCCAAGAAUAAGACGUUAUGCAAACCCAACUGCAGUGGAGAUUGUCCCAAUGGGAAAUGCACAGCCCCAAAUGUCUGCACCUGUGAUUCUGGUUAUGAGCAUGGCGAAGGAAAUAAAACAGUCUGUAAACCCAUCUGUGUAGGUAAGUGUCCAAAUGCGACAUGUAUUGCUCCAAACGUUUGUAAAUGCAACACAGGGUUUUUGAAGGAUCCAGAAAAUAAGAAUUUGUGUAAACCCAUUUGCAAUGGAAACUGUCCCAAUGGGAAAUGUUUAGCUCCAAAUACCUGCAGCUGCAAUGCUGGAUACCAGCAAGAUCCAAAGAACAAGCUUGUGUGCACACCAUAUUGCAAGGGUAACUGUCAAAAUGGGAAAUGUGUAGCACCAAACAUAUGUACCUGUAAUGACGGAUAUGUACAGGACAAUGAGGAUAACACAGUAUGCAAGCCCGUAUGUAGUGGUGGCUGUCCAAAUGGGAGAUGUACAGCUCCAAAUGUUUGCAGCUGCAAUUCUGGUUAUCAGCAAGAUGUGAAAGACAAAACUGUGUGUGCACCCAUCUGUUCAGGCGGAUGUCCAAAUGGGCAAUGUGUGGCACCUGACAUGUGCAGUUGUAACAGUGGAUAUUCACUAGAUCCGACCAAUAGUUCUGUUUGCCGGCCACUCUGUGCCGGAGGAUGCCCCAAUGGAAGAUGCAUAGCCCCAGACGUUUGCUCUUGCAAUGAAGGAUACAGUCGGGAUGUGAGAGAUAAGUCUGUAUGUAAGCCAAUUUGCUCCAAAGACUGUAUUAAUGGUGUGUGUGUUGGACCAGACAUCUGUUCCUGUAAUGUUGGGCACCAGAAAAAUGCAAAUAAUAAAAUGGUUUGUGACCCAGUGUGUGACAAUGGUUGUCAGAACGGGAAGUGCAUUGCACCCGACACGUGUACAUGUCUUGCAGGUUACCAGCAAGAUGUCGCGAAUAAAAGUGUUUGUGUUCCUGUAUGUAGUGGAGGUUGUCAUCAUGGGAGAUGUAUUGCACCAAACACUUGCAAGUGUGAUUCUGGUUAUGAACCAGAUCACAAGAAUGCCCUUAUCUGUCGGCCAACGUGCUCUAGAGGCUGUGAGAAUGGAGAGUGUGUCGCUCCAAACCAGUGUUCCUGUAAUCCAGGGUACACAGAGAGUGUCAAGAAUGAGAUAGAGUGUGUUCCUGUCUGCCCUCAAGGAUGUUUGAAUGGCAAAUGUCUCAGCUCUGGGGACUGCACCUGCAAUUCUGGUUAUGUCAAGGACCUGCUGAACUCCAGUAGAUGCAUUCCAGCUUGUGAAGGAGGUUGCCCAAAUGGGACGUGCUCAGCUCCGGGGAUCUGCGAGUGUAAUGAGGGCUACGCUAAGGAUGGAGAGAAAUCGAACACUUGCCAGCCAGUAUGUCACACUGGUUGUGGAAAUGGCACUUGCGUAGCCCCUGGUGUCUGUCGCUGUGAGAAAGGUUUUGCACAGGAGCGAAACUCGUCAGGGAAAUGUGUACCAAGGUGCAGUAGUGGCUGCGUCCAUGGGCGAUGUGUAGCACCAGACACUUGCUCUUGUGACAACGGCUACACGUCAGACUCGUCGGGCGUGUGUGUACCACAGUGCUCAGGAACCGACGCCUGCUCUUGUAGUAUUAAUGGUACAGCGGUGGGAACGUGUCCGUGCGAGAAAUCUGGAGCGAACUGCAAUGGACCAACCAUGGGAAGAGUCAACACGGCGAGUUUCGGGCUGAUGAGCCCUGCGGCGUGGGUGGGCGUGGCAGUCUUCUUGGGCGUGCUGCUAUUGGGCAGCUCCGUUCUGGUGGUGGUCGCCAUCUGCCGACGGAGGCGCCUCUACAGGCCAAUCGCCAAAGCCUCGCAGCCUGCCAUUGCAGGUCAGCGGGACUUCAACAACCCAAUCUUCCAGAUGGAGAUAGACGAAGGCCCCAGCCUGCAGCCAUUGGGGGUCAGCGGCAGCCUCAUGGCCGUCUCCUAGACCCAGCCGAGUCUAGGCUGAUCUAGCCUACAUCUACUCGAUUUUUAGUCCAACCGCCAGCUGGGACUGCUCAGCACAACCGUAACGCGACGACGCUUAUCGAAUCCCACGACACGACUGAAUCUAACAGUAGACUCAAAACAACUGUCUAGAGUGGGGCAGGGGGUACUUCCAACCAAGUUACUCUCAGCAUGUACUGGUAUACUUCGCACUUUACUACAGCCUGUCAUCGUCUGUCUAGAAAAAGACAGUGCGCUGUGGAGAUAGUAGCAUUGUUCUCCUGGCCACAUAGAGCAACGAUCUAUUUCACAAAAGAAGCACAUAUUUAGAACAAAGAUACACAAUCAAACAUCAAAGUUUCCGGAGACUGUUGAAUAGAAUACGAGGCCGUCAUCUAUCAGUUAGCGACGUUUGUGCAGUAGGCUAAGGUGGCAGGCUACAGAUCUGUCCGCACUUGGUUCGACACACGUCAUUUACAUUUUUGUAUCUAAUCUUGCAGCAUUACAACGAAUCAUAGGAAAGAAACACUAAUAAUUGUGGUAUAUUUGUGGAGAGAAAUAAUCGACGUAUAAUAAGGUGUGAUGAUAAAUCGAAAUUUAUUUAGCGAAACAUAUGUAUCCCUAAAUUCAUUUUGAAUUGCCCUGUACACUUAUACACACAAACGUUCACUGUACCAAGUUACAAGAUAUGACAAUUUGUAAAAGUUAAUGAAAACAGAACUUUCCUCAUGCUUUCUGGUUUUAAGUACUCACUACAUAACGCUGACUUCGUCGAUGUCCUUUUCCCAACAUCAGGAACUUAACUCAAACCAAGUUGAUUAUACGGGUAGCUCACAGAAAGUUUUCUUGUGACUCGAGUUUUGAGACAUUUAAGUGCGUUUAUAAGCUGAUACUACCGUCAGUAUUAGACUCUGAGUAAGCCACCUUCAUUGAAUGAUAGAUUCUCGUCGACUGCAGAUACUUAAUUUUCUCCAUUUUUAGCAGUGCAGUGAGCUACUGCGAAAGUAAACCUCUGUUAUUAAUUAACGAACCACGUUCUUUACUUGCAAAUGAAUUUACAUAAGAAGAAGAGCUUUACAAUGAUCAGAUCAUGUGAACCUAUACAUUCACUCGUAAAUUUGCCAUUGAUUGCUCAUAAGAUAAAUGUUGAAACACACAACUGUCAUCAAGUAUGUAUUGUAUAUAGGGAAUAUCAUGACUCUGUAAACAGAUACAUAAUAUUCUAAUGCGCACAAAAGAUAGAGUGACUCGCGUUUUUCUGCAAGCGUAAUCUAUUCCAUGGCUAAAUGUACAAAACAGACUACAUCAACGUGCUUUUCUCAACAAGUCACUGUUUCGCCUGUCUGUUACAUUAUGUGGUGGGAUUAUAUAAAGAGACUGAUGUGUUUCGGAAUGCGGCAGCCAGGUGGUAGUCGUGCGGUGCUGUUUGGUGGUGGGGGAAGGCUAGUGGCAUCACAAGCAUAAAACGCCUUCAAGCUUUCAGUGUCAUGGCGAAAAGUGGCACCACUAUAGUGACGCGAUCUGAAUUUGGGAGUGUGCACAAGCUACUUCAGAUUUGCAUGUGGAAACAUGCCUUUACUGAAUGCACAGCAAAGGCGCUAAUUCACUUAGGUAGUUGCUGGGAUAAUCUGAUGUGUCAACAACAAACAGGCAAAAUAUGAAUUGAUACUGUGAAUUCGUUCUAGUUAAUACCAGUGCGUACAUUUCAAUGAAAUGAGACCAAAGAUUAUUGUAAUACCAAAGAAUAAACUUGUUUAUUUUUUUA